AUGUUCGUUCUCCUUCAUAUCGUUCACGUCACUUUGAUCGGUUUAUUAUGCGCUUCUCUGGCUGCUGACACUGGUACUCUUUUUGAAGCCAUAACGAUGGCAAUGGACUGGGUGGCUCUAAUAUCACUUGCUCUGUGCCUCGCGUACAGUAUGUGGAAUCUCAACGUCCUCUUGGGACAAGAAUAUGGGAAAGCUUGGAUGGGCGAGCUUCGGGCAUUUCUUUGUUGUGGUUUUUUCAGUCUCGGUAAUGCGACCGCAUUUUCUGUGCGAAUGCACACCAGACGGCUGUGUGUCGACUUUAGUGGGAUCACCGGCGAGUCCUGUAAGCUUGCGAGCAUCGUUUUAGCUUUGUCUUGGGUAACCGUUCUGUUCUCUAUCACAGGAGCGCUUGCGAGGUACUUGGACCGGGAUGGUUUUGAACAAGCACAGGCGACUUCACCUGAACAUUCUCACGUCCAAACGGUAGAAGUCCAGCCAGGCCAGUCGCCUACAAGCCAAGGGCUAAGGCCUGUACCGUCGACGCCUCUCUCUCAUAAGAGUUCUUACCGGGUUCCACUACCACCACCAUCACCGACUUGGACUACUGAAUAUGGCCGGACGACGCCUAAGGCGACUGCUUCUGCCGAUAGUACAGAAUACUGGACGAUUAUACCAGUGUGA